AUGUUGAAUGCUUUCAAUUUUGUGUUCAUAAAUGUCGACACAAUGUUGGCGUAUAAAGAAGAGCUGUUUGCGAGUGAAUCGAAACUGUUGGGAUUGAAUGCGAAAACAUCGGGUCGAGCGCAUAGUCAAGCAUCAUUGGAUGUGCUCUGGGCAUCGUUAACGUUCAACUCACGUAUGGUACUUCAUAAAUUGGCCAAAUUAUACUACGCGAGAAAACAAGCUAUCGAAUUCUUUGAUCUGUAUCGUCAAUCAAGGUACGUUGUUCAUAGCGUCGUUAUAAUCGUAAUUUUUUAG